CUCGAACACGGUAGGGCUCUGACAGUUUACUCCGCGUGAUCGUAACCCUAUUUUUAAAAGGGCGCGCCGAGCCCCAGUAUUUUUGAGUCGAACUCGAAAGCGUAUCUACUGAUUCUUCCCUCUCUCACAGACUCGCUGUUUGGGGCACACAACACAACUCGCAGCCAUGGCGACAACCAGGGUUCAGAGGAUUAUGACUCAACCUAUUAAUCUCAUUUUCAGGUUUCUUCAAAGUAAAUCUCGUAUUCAGAUUUGGCUGUUUGAGCAGAAGGAUCUGAGGAUUGAAGGGCGUAUAAUUGGGUUUGAUGAGUACAUGAAUUUGGUGCUUGAUGAUGCUGAGGAAGUUAACAUUAAGAAAAAGACCAGAAAGCCAUUAGGGAGGAUUCUUUUGAAAGGAGACAAUAUCACACUAAUGCAGAAUACGGGCAAAUGAUCGAGUAGACAAUGGAAUUCUUCAUGUGCUCGUCUUGCAUGUUCCGGAGUCCAUGGAAGCCAUGUUUUUCUAUUUCCUGUAUCUCGUUCAGUUUAACUCAGAUACUAGUUUGCCCAUGAAAACACCUUACAUGCUCAAAUAGAUAUGGUCAUAUGUAUUUCUAUGGUUUAUUGGAUCUUUAGAGUAACUGAGCUAUCUGUUUUUCAGUAUGUUC